AUGAAAGAAGACCUCUCGGACCUCCCAGUCACCAUUGAAGAGGUAUCUAAGCUUAUGGGCCUCCGCGGUUUUACCGAUUCGUCGAACGAUCCGGCCUUCGCUUCAGAUGCCCUCCGCAUCGAAGUCACAGGUCCAACCGGACUACAACUCAGUGUCGUCGACCUUCCUGGCCUCAUCUCUGUCUCUAACGACGAACAGUCCGAAGAAGAUAUCGGAACUGUUCAUGACAUGCCCGAUCUCAUCAACGCCGGCAACGAAGAUAAGCUUGCUAAAACUGCAAAGAAUCAAGAUUCUAUCAAGUUAAAGCUUGGUUUCUUCCUGCUCAAGAAUCCAAGCCCUGCAGAGAUGAAGGCCUUGGGUGCGAAGCUGAACCGCUCUGAGCUGGAAACACAGUUCUUCGCCUUGCCUGCUUGGAAAGCUGAAGACCUUGAUAUGGCCCGUGUCGGUAUAGAAAACCUCAAGAUCUUCUUGCAACAGCUAUUAUAUGAACACCUUGAAAAAGAGCUACCGAAGGUCAAGGUUGAGAUUCAGCGGGUUCUAGCAUCAAAAGAGGACGAACUCGAGGCGAUUGGACCAGAGCGCCGGUCUCUCGGUGACAUCCGCUCAUUUAUGAUACAUUUGAGCAUGCGGUACUACACGCUUGCUCAGGCCGCCCUGGAAGGAAAUUACCACAGCUCAGAUGUGCACUUUUUCGACAAAAAGAAUGGCACCUGUCUCCGUUCUCUUAUUCAUCAACAGCACGGCCAGUUUGCCGCACCAAUGCGUAGUCGGGGUCAUAAACGAGCAACAGUGAAUGAUCCAAAUCUUGAGGCAUGUAAAUCCAGUGACGAUGCAAAGGCGCAGCUCAUAGUUACAAAAGACAAGAUGAUUAUGUGGAUUCAGCAAACCUAUUUACAGACAAGGGGCCGGGAGCUUCCUGGUAAUUACAGUCAUGUUUUGCUUGCCGAACUUUUUCACGAACAGUCAGGUCCAUGGCGCCGAAUUUCAGAGGACCACCUUUCUGGAUUUAUGGACAGCGUCUGCGAAUGGGUUCACCAGGCGGCUUCUACACUCUUCUCCGAAGAUCGCUUGCGAGGAGAACUGGCCAUGACUUUUCAAAAACGGUUGAAAAAGUUCAGAACUCACGCUUUUGAAGAGUUGCGCAAGAUAUUGCUUGACGAAGAAAGGCAUCCCAUUAUGUACAACCAUUACUAUACCGACAACAUCCAGGAAGCUCGCAGAGACUACCAUAAGUCGGCUCUCAAUGAUGCUAUACAUCCCAUGGCUCCUUUGAAAUCAAGAUUGGACCUUAAGUCUUCCCCAGACAACUAUGACUCGCUUGUAGAUGCGGUACAGCCUAAAAUAUGUGUCAAUAUGAAUCACCAGGCUUGUGAAGAAGCUCUGGCUGGGUUGAAUGCCUAUUACAAGGUUGUUGAGCGUCACAUCUUGGUGCCGCUGCCAGGAAUUUUCUGCCCAACCACCGUCUCUCGAUUCUCUGACGAUGACUUGCUUCGCAUUGGUUCUGAGCCGGAUACGGAGACUAAUCAGCGCCACAAGCUAGUCACGGAAACCCAUGGACUUCAGAACAGUCUCAUCGUUUGCGAGACGGAAGCCCUGACGGUUGGCGAUCAACAACCUCUUUAUGUCAACAGUACCAGCCUUGGUAUCCAUUUUGUCAUGAGCCCGUCAGUGCAAGAUCAAGGGUCCGUGUGGUCAUACAAGAAACCCAGGGUCCGCGCAGCCACAGAAGUCCUCGAGACCACCCAAGCGGAAGACUGA